AUGAAAUACGUGAUUGUAUCGGGUGGCGUUAUUAGUGGUAUCGGAAAGGGCGUUAUCGCUUCUUCAACUGGUUUGCUGUUCCGUUCUUUGGGCUACCGCGUGACGUCUAUCAAAAUUGACCCCUACAUGAAUAUCGACGCCGGUACGAUGUCUCCGUUGGAGCAUGGUGAAGUUUUCGUUCUGGCCGAUGGUGGUGAGGCAGAUCUUGAUCUUGGUAAUUACGAGCGUUAUCUCGGCGUCACGCUGACCCGCGAGCACAACCUCACUACCGGUAAGAUCUACCGCUACGUCAUUGAUAAGGAACGCCGGGGUGACUAUCUGGGCAAGACAGUCCAGAUCGUUCCUCAUUUGACCAACGCUAUUCAGGACUGGCUGGAGCGUGUCGCUCAUAUCCCUGUGGAUGGCUCUGACAUCCCUCCCGAUGUCUGCAUCAUUGAAUUGGGCGGCACCGUUGGUGAUAUCGAGAGUGCUCCGUUUGUGGAAGCUCUCCGUCAGUUCCAGUUCCGUGUCGGUCACCAGAAUUUCGCGCUCAUCCAUGUGUCGCUUGUUCCUGUUAUCCACGGUGAGCUCAAGACCAAACCCACACAGGCCGCUAUUCGCGAUCUGCGGUCUCUUGGCCUCACUCCCGACAUCAUUGCAUGCCGCUGCUCUGAGCAGCUUAGCGAGGCCACUAUCUCUAAGAUUUCUAUGUUUUGUCACGUCGGCCCUGAGCAGGUUCUUGGUGUGCACGACGUGAACUCAACUUAUCAUGUUCCUCUCAUGCUUAAUGAAAACCGUCUCAUGGACUACUUUGCUAAGCGCUUGCAACUGUCAGACAUCAGUUUGAGCUCUGAUCGGGUGGAGAAUGGCACCAAUCUGUUCCGUCGUUGGACCGCGCUGACAGAGUCUUUCGACAAUGCCCGUGAAACUGUCACUAUUGCCCUGGUUGGAAAGUACGUCGACCUUCAGGACUCUUACAUCUCUGUGGUAAAGGCAUUAGAGCACUCGGCACUCCAGUGCGGCCGCCUUUUGAAGAUUUCGUGGGUGGAUAGCGAGAAUCUUGAGGAAAAGACUUCGGAAACCAACAAGGUCCGCUUCCACGAGGCUUGGGCGGAGGUCUGCCAAGCAGACGGUAUCCUUGUUCCCGGUGGAUUCGGCUCUCGCGGUAUCGAGGGCAUGAUCCAGGCUGCUCGGUGGGCUCGCGAGAACAAAGUGCCUUAUCUUGGUAUCUGCCUCGGGUUCCAGGUGGCUGUAAUUGAGUACGCCCGCAGUGUUCUGGGUAUCAAGGAUGCUACGUCUGCCGAGUUCAACGAGCAUGCCGCCAACCCGUUCAUCGUGUACAUGCCCGAGGUUGACAAGACACAGAUGGGCGGCACCAUGCGUCUCGGACGCCGCGAGGCUCACUUCCAGAGCGAGUACAGUGACCGGUCUGUGCUGCGUCGUCUGUACGCCAAUGAAGACGUCGUCUACGAGCGUCACCGCCACCGCUACGAGGUCAAUCCCGAGCGCAUCGAUGACCUCGAAGCGGCCGGCCUGUCGUUUGUUGCCAAAGACGAGACCGGAACCCGUAUGGAGUCUUUCGAGGUCUUCUCCAACCCUUACUAUGUCGGCACUCAGUACCAUCCGGAGUAUUUGUCGCGCGUUUUGUCGCCUUCUCAGCCCAUUCUCGGUCUCGUGGCCUCCGCCUGUGGCAAGCUAGAUGAAGUCACCGGCGAACAACGCGAUACGGACUUUUAG